AUGGCUGCCCCCACCAUGCAACAGCCAGAGUUGGAUACCACCUCAAUACCAGGUUAUGUCAUCUUUCCAGAGCUCAACGACAAGGCACCACAGGCCACAACCGGACUUCGGUCACAAGUCCAUCCUUUAGAUCAACUCUCGGUGUACGAAAUCUCCACAACUGCAAAAAUCAUUCGUGAUUUUGCUAGCCCCAAGCAAAUCAAGUUCAACUGCAUUACUCUUCGCGAGCCCAAAAAGAACGAGUAUGCUGCAUUCCGAUCGAGAACGGGUCCUCGCCCAGAGAGACGUGCUUUUGCUAUCGUCCUCGAGCAGGGCACUCCUAACGUUGCCGAGGUUGUUGUCAACUUGACAAAGUCAAAAGUCGAAGACUGGAAGCCGGUGCAUGAUGUGAGCCCAACCCUGACUCUGGAAGAUCUUGAUGUUAUGGAACGCAUCGCUCGCGCCGACCCCCGAGUCAUCGAGGUUUGCCGUGAGAUUGGCAUCACCGACAUGUCCAAGGUCUAUCUUGACGCCUGGGCCAUUGGUGUUGAUCGCCGAUGGGGCUUCGAGCGUCGUCUCCAGCAGGGUCUUCCUUAUUACAGAGCCUCUGAAUACGACAACCAGUACGCUCACCCGCUCGACUUCACUGUUGUUGCAGACACCGAGACGGAAGAGGUCUUGAGCGUUGAUGUUCGCCGUGUCAACGGUGAGCGCACAAAGGUGCCGCUUGAGCAGCACAACUAUCUCCCGGAGUUCAUCAGCGACGGCUACGAACCACACAAGCUCAAGCCCAUCGAUAUCACCCAGCCUGAGGGAGUAUCUUUCCAGAUGAAGGGCAAUGAGAUCCAUUGGGCCAACUACAAAAUGCACAUUGGCUUCAAUUACAGAGAGGGGAUUGUCUUGUCCGACGUUAGAAUUCACGACCCCUACGAGAAUCGCGAGCGAACUCUGUUUAAUCGCAUCAGCGUUGUUGAAAUGGUUGUCCCAUACGGAAAUCCAGAUCCUCCUCAUCACAAAAAGCAUGCCUUUGACGUUGGCGAAUACGGCUCCGGUCUCAUGACGAACUCUCUGAAGCUCGGAUGUGACUGCAAGGGCGCUAUCCACUAUCUCGACGGCAUUGUUUCUACCUCCAAAGGCCAGGCAGCCGUUAUCGAAAAUGCGAUUUGUAUACAUGAGGAAGAUAAUGGACUGUUAUACAAGCAUACCGACUUCCGUGAUGCCAAUGUCAUCUCGGCUCGUGACCGCAAGCUCAUUAUUUCACAAAUCAUCACGGCUGCCAACUACGAGUACGGCUUCUACCACACCUUUAUGCUUGACGGCACGUAUAAGCUGGAAAUGAAGCUUACUGGUAUGCUCAACACGUAUUGCAUGCACAGCUCGGAGACUGCUGCUCCCUACGGCACGGAAGUUGCGCCCGGCAUCAACGCGCACAAUCACCAGCACAUCUUCUCUCUUCGCGUUGACCCCGAAAUCGACGGACCCAACAACUCCAUUCUCCAGAGCGAUGCUGUCUCUUCUGAUGCCCCAGUCGGGUCUCCCGAGAACCCAUACGGCAACGGCUUCUACUGCAAAAAGACAUUGCUGCGAACGGCCAAAGAGGCUGCCGUCAACUACUGCCACGAGACUCAGCGUGCCUGGGACAUCAUUAACCCCAACAAGAUCAACGAGUCUUGCAAGAAGCCCAUUGGCUACAAGAUCAUCAACAACAGCUGCCCGCCGCUGCUUGCCAAGCCCGGCAGCGUCGUCUACAAGCGCGCCGCCUUUGCGCGCAAGAGUCUCUGGGUUGUGCCCUACAAGGACUACGAGCUCUUCCCUGCAGGCGACUAUGUCUGCCAGUCCACGGGUGAGGAGAACCACCCGUACAACCAGAGCGUGCUUGACUGGUCAAAUCGGGAUGAGCCGAUUGAAAACACGGAUAUCGUGUGCUACAUGCAGUUCGGACUCACUCACUUCCCCCGCUGCGAGGACUUCCCCAUUAUGCCUGCCGAGCCGGUUGGCAUUAUGAUCCGUGCCAGCAAUUUCUUCCAGAAGAACCCUGCAUUGUGGGUACAGCCGUCACAAAUCAAGAACGAUACGUCUUCACGAAAUGCAUUUUCGUCAAGUGACUGCUGUGGCGUAGCCAAGUCAAAUCCUUCGUCUCGCUUGUGA